AUGAAAACUCUUAUUGUAAUCCUUGUCAUCGCCAUUUUAACCUUUAGCAGUGUCGUUUUUGCUGCUCCUAUGGCAUUCGAUGAAAGUUUAUUAAAAAGACAAGUUUCUUGCGAAAAAACCCCUUCAGGGGAUGAGAUAUGUACCCAAGGGCAACCAAAAUGCGAUGAACGAGGUUGUGUUGGUUUAAAAUAA